AUGACAGGACGCCAAGUAAACGUUUAUCUCCAAGAAAAAACUUAUAAUGCGGUGCGACAACUAGUAGGACCUCGCCAAAUUAGUCGUUAUAUUAAUCAAGCGGUGGAGGAAAGAUUAGCUUAUGAGCAAAAAAGUGCGGAUGAAGAGUUGAGACAGCAGUUAAUUGCGGGUUAUAAGGCUAACGCUAAAAAUAAGAAAUUACAAGCCGAAUUAGGAGUCUGGGAAAAAUUUUCUACUCAUGAUGUUUUAACUCAAAUAGAAGAAAAUGAACGAAAAAAAGGAAAAAAAGAGUUCUCUAAACCUUUUCGCCCCGCUCUAAUAAUUAGCAACAACUUACAAAAUGAAUUUGAUAAACUAGUAACAGUGGCUACUUUAACUACUGAUGACAUUGAAAAUGUUAGGCCUUUUGAAGUUUUUAUUAAAAAUAAUAAAGAAAACGGACUAGAUUAUCCUAGUAAGAUUUUGACCGGUUAUUCUUUUUCUGUUUACAAGGAGCGUUUAAUUGAACUUUUGGGAAUAGUGGAGGAGAAAAUAAUGGACAAAAUUACUGCAACUAAAAGUAAUGGUCUAGUCUUUUUUGGUUCCAUUGGCAGUGGUAAAACGGCUAUUUUGGCGAUGUUAGCCCAUGAACUUCCCGGCGAGAAUAAAUAUGCUACUUUUCCUUGCAAUAUCGUGCAAGAUGUCCGAGAAAGACAAAGGUUCUUGAUGCAUUUUAUCGCGUUAAGUCGCCAUCAAGGCACUCGUUUAUUUGUUAAUGCCCAAAGAUUAGGACAAGUUAGUAUUGAACAAAGAGAAGUAACUACGGCUAUUUGUCAAGUCUCUCUUUUGCAAAAGACGGAUGAAGGGAUUUAUGUGCAGUGUGUGUGA